UGGUGGCCAUUCCCCAGUGGCGCUCAGCACCCUCGGGCUCAGAGAGCCAGUUGUCAUGACAACCGUGCAGCACGCGCUUACAAAAACAAGAGCUUGACCGUUCACCGACAGUUCUCCCGACACUCGACAUCUGCGGCGCCAUCUUCCCCGUCCUCCGUCUCCGUCUCCCAGCGCUUUGUUCGGCGGGGGAGCAGCCACUGGUUCGAGAGGCGCAGCCGAAGCCCAGGUAGAGUCAGUCGGCAGCGAUGAGCGGAGCCAAAGCCCGCGGCGACGCGCCUGUUGCUGAGAACGUCUCCGGCGGCGGCCACGGCUCCGCUGCCCCUCCGCGGGACCGCAAGCCCGGCGGAGGCGUCUUGAAGAGGCUCAAGUCCCGGCGAAGCCAGGCGGAGAGCAGGCCCGUGACGGAGGAGGAGCUGCGGACCAAGAGCGGCCACAUCUCCCCGGAGGACGUGCUGGGACUGCGAGUCGCGACCAGAGGGUACCUUUGUAAACCGGAGGACAACAUUUACAACAUUGACUUCGUACGCUUUAAAAUCAGAGACCUGGAAACUGACACGGUCCUGUUCGAGAUUGCCAAACCUCCGCUUUCAGACGAAGACGAGGAGCACAGAGAAGGAGAUGGCACCGCCGGGCGAUUUGUUCGCUACCAGUUUACCCCGGCCUUCCUGCGACUGAGGACCGUGGGAGCUACGGUGGAAUUCACGGUCGGGAACCGGCCCCUAAACAACUUCCGCAUGAUCGAGAGGCACUACUUUCGCGAUCACCUGCUCAAGAGCUUCGACUUCGACUUCGGCUUCUGCAUCCCCAGCAGCCGUAACACCUGCGAGCAUAUCUACGAGUUCCCCCAGCUGUCCGACGGCCUGGUGCGUCAGAUGGUGGAGUAUCCUUACGAAACGCGGUCGGACAGUUUCUAUUUUGUCGACAAUAGACUGGUCAUGCACAACAAGGCAGACUACGCCUACAACGGAGGACAAUGAUGGUGGCACGCCAGCGGGCGGUAUCCGCCGCUCACAUCUGUUGACAGACAUGUACACACACGCAUGCAUACUGCAGAACAUUCGGCUCGAAGCGUUGCACACAUGCACACACACUCUCCUACAGGCGGGGUUCGAGCUGCCUCUUGUGUUCGUAAAGGUUCAAUGAAUGUUUGCUUCAUUUUUCAGUGGGGUUUCACGUUGCUGGAAGCUGAUGGUAGUCUUCACUCUGACGUACGAACGGAAGGAAGCUCCAUAUUGCUUAAUUUAUGUAGUUUUUAAAUAUUGACAGAUCUCUUUGAUACUUUAAAGAGGGCUAAUCACUAGUGGCUGUGUAACAUGUGUUUAAAACAGGUCAAGCAGCGAUUUGGAUGGAUGUUCAGACUUCUUUUAAGUGUCCCAGCUACUAUUGAAAUCAGACACACACACACACACACACACGCUCAAUCCCCAAGUGGCACCCAUAGUGUUUGUCAGAAGCAGCUGUUCUCAGAGCUGCCGCCUCCACAAUCCACUCCAGACAACAUCAGGGGAGGGGGGGUGGGGGUGGGGGGGCAUCCACAAAAAGAAAAAACACGUAUGUCAAACACACAUGGUUACUCCUGCAUUCUCCUCUCUGCAUCCCUUUCAUUUCGACACAAAAAGACACAUCCGCACUAGACCUGAGUCUCAUCAAAGGGUUUUUUUUUCUCCCCCCUGUUAAAUUUAAGCCUCUUUGAUUGCAACAUGAAACAAGAUCAGGUAACAGCUUUAAUUUGUUUGGUGACCUGUAAAAAAAAGAAAAAAAAAAACUGU